CUUAGAGUAAAGGGUGGGAAAUGCAAUCGUUUCGUAACCAGCACUCAGACCAAGGGCGGCGCAACUGUAAAUCCUUAGUGGCGUGUCGCUAAGAAACUAGGGGGCUUGUGAUGGAUAUCCUGGCCCCAGAGAACGCGAAUGAAUGACCCGAUCUGUAUGAGCGAUUUGGGCCGAUUAUUGUCUUUGGAUGCUAAUUUAGUUGCCACCCAGUUCGCUGACUCGUUAAUUCGGGUUACGCGGUUUGGGUAUUACAGCAACAACUCAACAAUUGCGAGGCUGGAUCAUCACAGAAAAGAUUCUGAUGAGGUUGAGGCUGAUGACACUAUCUGCUCGUCAGAACAAAGACAUCUCUUCAACCUAAACGAUUCCGAUGACGAGGAUCUCAUUCCACGGUCGAUUAAAAGAAAAAAGGCAAAACCCAUUGUGUCGAUUCUGCAAGCUAGAUUGAGAUUUUCAUAUUUUAGGACUUCCGCCGGAUCAGCCGAGAUUGAUCUUUGCCGGAAGCAGCAGCUGGAAGACAGCCGGACCUUGCCGACUACAACAUCGAAAAAGAGUCGACUCUGCAUCUGGUGUUGAGGCUUCAUGGUGGAGUUAUCGAGCCUUCUUUGAUGGCAAUUGCUAGGAAGUACAACCCUGAUGAGAAAACUAUCUGCCACAACUAUUAGCAGAGGCAAACUCAACAGGGGUAGGCUAGAGUUUCAAUCCUAUCUUCCCUCAUUGAUGAUGGGCGAGGCAACACAAAGUAGAUGUUGCAUUCAGAGAAUAGGGUGUGGAUUAUAUUAGGAAGAUGGUUCAAUUGAGGCUAGACAAUCUUCUAAGUGUGUGGAAGAGCUGAAUUUUUCUAAUCCGUUUGACCCUGAAGGUGGGGGGAGAAAGUUUUGAAUGGAGAACAAGCCCAACAGGACAGCACUAGGUGUGAUUAAUCAGUGUUUAGGUGCUCAUUUGUUGUUAAUAAAAGAGGAUUAUCAGGAGCUAAUAAUGGAGUCUCCAACAAAAAAACUCUAUUUCAGUGCAAAGGCCAUCUUAAGACCAUGAGUGUUUCCAAAUCAAGUUCUAGCGCUAGCGGCAAGGGUCUUGGCGCUAACCCCCGUGAUUGAUUCUGGCGAGAAAGGCAUUUUACCCAUCAAAAUCAGCAGCUACCGGUCUUCAUCUUCUUUGUCUUUCAUUUUAUAGAUUUGCUUAACCAUAAGUCUAACUUUUUACUUCAAAAAUGGAGUUCUUUUGCAACCUAGACUACUUAAGCAAUGCUCAAUAUGUGUUCCAGAAAUUGCCUCAAUAAGGAGGGUCUAGGUAACAUUUCACACUACAUUUCUCUGAUAGGCUUAGUUCCAUAGUGGUCAGGUUCUUCUAUUGCACACAACAAAUGCCAUAAAAAAGCCUGGAGAUAUUAAAGCAUGAAGGUGGGUCAGGUUCUUACACAAACUUCAAUUUCUUUAAGCUUCAAAGUUUUCCAAGGUGAUAAAUCUCGCUCUUAAGCUUAGGAUUUCUUUAUCCCCCCCGGGAUUCCAUCUUUUAUUGAACCCAAAAUUAUCUCAGUUUGAUUAUCAAUUUAAUGUUGCAUCCAAAAAGAAAUCUAAGAUUGUUUAAUUUGCAGUAAUUUAUUGUGGGCCUUUUUGAAUCAAUGAUUGACGUUCUU